AUGAUAAUACGCGGUCUGGCCCGGCGGCCGAGCGCUUUCCAGUCGACAGCGGCGGCUUCGAGUAGGAUACCGUCUUUCGCCCGCAGCAUCUACACCGUCCCGACGCUUGCGAAUCAUGUCGAUCUGCAGCAGAGAGGCAUACCGGGCCUGCUCACGCCAAAGGGCUUCAAGGUCGCCUAUACCGACUACCAACAGCACAUGAUCGAUGAGCUCAACGAGUCGACAGCCGGCACCCAAUUCGAGAACCAAGACACCAAGUCGCUCGUCAUAGAAUUCGCCCGCGAACCGACCAAAGCCUACGCCUUCAACAUCGCCAGCAUGGCCUUCAACAACCACUUCUUCUUCCGCGGCAUCAACACAAGCCCUGACGUGCAAUCGCGGCCAUCAUCCGAUCUCGAGAUGCAGAUAAAGCAGGACUUCUCCUCCAAGGACACCCUGCGCGAGACAUUCCUCGCAACCGCAGAAGCCAUGUUCGGCCCGGGCUUCGUCUGGCUGGUGCAAACCGACGACACACACGUUGGCGGUCUGCGCAUCCUGCCUACCUAUCUCGCCGGCUCACCGCUGUCUGGCGCACAUUACAGGCGGCAAGCGCAUGAUUUGAACACGCACAAUACCGACUCGUACCAAGCGCUGAACAAGGUCGGUACAUUUGGUGCGGCGGCGAAGCAGAGCAAUGGCCCAAAGAAGCCAUUAGGAGGUGUAGAUGUAGUGCCGCUGUUAUGUGUGAAUACAUGGCAGCAUGUAUGGCUACACGACUAUGGGGUCAAGGGCAAGAGGCAGUUCUUAGAGGCGUGGUGGGAUAAGAUUGAUUGGGACAUGGUUAGGCAAAACACGACACUGUCGCCGAGAAAGAGUCAAGGGUCGAGGCAGUUUCAUUACGAGUAG